AUGGAGGACGAUGGUCAUUCCGUGACCGGCAGCGAUGCCUCAGAACCAGAAAAACCUGAAGCGGGACUUGAAGUGGCUCAGUCGAUCCUGAGUAAGUUCUCUAUGAAAUCCCUGUUUGGAUUCACCAGUAAACUGGAAUCGGGGAAGCCCGAAGAGGAAGAUGCCGUUCUGCGAGCCUACCGCAGCUUGGAGGUGGAUCCCACACCUGUGCAGGAUGACCCCCGCGGCAGUGGCCCCAGGGAGCAGGCGGCAGAGGCUGGGGUUCCACCGGGCCUCGGAAAUGCGGAGACGGAUGCCCAGGAGGAGACCGAGUCAGAGGGGAGCAAGGGGGCAGCCGAGGCUGCGCCCCCUCUCGCAGGCCUGCAGCUUGCACUUCCCACUUUGGGUGUCAACAAAGACUAUGUUAUCCUGGUUCGUGGGACCCUCGUCCACACCACCAGCGAUUCUGACUCGGAUGAUGGUGGCGAGCAACCAGAAGAGGGAAGUGGCCCCUGUGACUCAGUAUCCCCCUGUGGUGGUGCUGGCGGUGAUGGUGUGGCUAAGCCACCUCAGGAGCCCAAAGAAACUCCAGGAGGUUCUGGGGGGGACACUGCCCCCGAGCAACCAGACAAUGCAGAGCUUUGUGCGGAUGGUCCCCAGAGGCCUCCACCGGAGAUCAGUUGCAAGUCGGAACCUAGGGAUGGUGGCCUUCAGACAGAGCACAGCUCCAACCAGGACCAGGCUGGAGAGGAAGAUUUCCAAGGCCCACCUGCGGUAGCUGGCCAGGGCAUUGGCGUCCCGGAGAGUGCCCCUUCCAAAAGGGAAUUCCCCGGGGAAAGGACAUUCCAGCUCCCAGCUUUCUUCAGCGGUCUCCGUGUGCUGAAGAAGGGGGCUGCGGCCGAGGGCGGGGAGACCAUCACGGAAAUCAAAGCAAAGGACGGGGAUCUGGCCUUGCUCAAGUUGACCCAGCCGGUGCAGAGAUCUCUGGCGCAAGCUGGGCCACCAGCGCCAAAGAAUGGGGAGAAAACAACCGAUCUGAAGGCCACGCCCACUCUCCUGGAGCAGCUCUCUCAGCUGCUCAACAUUGAGAUGCCCAAAGCAGAACCGAAGGCCGAAGACCCUGCAGCGUCCAGCGGAGAAGCGAUGGGCUGCAGCAGCACUGACCAAGAGAGCCAGAGCGGCCCCAGGGAAGCUCAGACCCAGGGUCUCGGAGAGCCCAAGUCAAAGCCCACAGAGACAGCCCUGGAGGCCUUCAAAGCCCUGUUCAUCCGUCCCCCCAGAAAGGGGACCACUGCUGACACCUCCGAGCUGGAAGCCCUCAAGCGCAAGAUGAGGCACGAGAAGGAGUCGCUGAAAGCUGUGUUUGAAAGGUCCAAGUCCCGGCCGGCGGAGGGCCCCUCUGAUUCCAAAAGCCCAGACCAGAGCCCCACCGAGCAGGAUGACAGGACUCCUGGCCGACUCCAAGCUGUCUGGCCACCGCCAAAGACAAAAGACACAGAAGAAAAAGUAGGCUUGAAGUACACUGAAGCAGAAUACCAGGCUGCUAUUUUACACUUGAAGAGGGAACACAAAGAAGAAAUUGAAAACUUGCAGGCCCAAUUUGAACUCAGAGCCUUUCACAUCCGGGGUGAGCAUGCAGCCACCACUGCGAGACUAGAAGAAACCAUUGAGCAUCUCAAGCACGAUUUGGAGCACCGAUGGCGGGGAGGCUGUGACGAGAUGAGAGACGUGUGCAUCUCCACCGAUGACGACUCCCCUCCGAAGACCUACAGGAACGUGUGCAUCCAGACGGACAGGGAGACCUUCCUCAAGCCCUGUGAAGGGGAAAGCAGGACCACCAGAAGUAGUCACACAGUACCCAAAAAGCUCAACAUCUCGUCCUUAAGCCAACUCUCUCCCCCAAGGGACUGCAAAGAUGGCCAUGCCUCACUUCUGCCCCUGGAAAGUAGCUCAUCUCAUCAGCAGAAGACAUCGCCCCCCACUCCUGCACCACCCCUGCCGGCCCUUAUCCCACCCCCUCCUCCACUUCCCUCUGGCCUUGAAUCUUGGCCACCAGUACCGCCCACUCCACUGAGUACUGGGCCACCACCACCACCUCCCCCGCCACCUCCUCCUCCUCCAAGUAUUGGACCUCCCCCGCCACCUCCUCCUCCUCCUCCAAGUAUUGGACCUCCUCCGCCACCUCCUCCACCCCCACUUCCUAAUAUACCUCCACCACCCAGCAGUGGGGGGCCGCCGCCUCCUACACCCCCAGGACUGGCACCCCCACCUCCUCCUGGACUCUUCUUUGGAACCGGGUCUCCUUCCAGCCAAUGCCCUCGAAAGCCAGCCAUUGAGCCCAGUUGUCCCAUGAAGCCUCUGUAUUGGACUAGAAUACAAAUAAGUGAUAAAAGCCCAAAUGCUGCACCAACCUUAUGGGAUUCCUUAGAAGAACCUGAUAUUCGGGAUCCGAAUGAAUUUGAGUAUUUAUUCUCCAAAGACACAACUCAACAGAAGAAAAAACCCCUGUCAGAGGCCUAUGAGAAAAAGAACAAGGUCAAAAAGAUCAUCAAGCUUCUGGAUGGAAAGCGAUCUCAAACAGUGGGGAUCUUGAUCUCCAGUUUGCAUUUAGAAAUGAAGGACAUCCAACAGGCUAUUUUCAACGUGGAUGACUCUGUGGUCGAUCUGGAGACUCUGGCAGCCUUAUAUGAAAAUAGAGCUCAAGAGGAUGAAUUGGUUAAAAUAAGAAAGUAUUACGAGACAUCCAAAGAAGAAGAAUUGAAGUUGCUGGAUAAACCUGAACAAUUUUUACACGAGCUGGCCCAGAUCCCCAAUUUCGCGGAACGUGCCCAAUGUAUCAUCUUCAGGUCUGUCUUUUCAGAGAGUGUCACCUCCUUGCACCGAAAGGUAGAAAUCCUCACAAGAGCUUCUAAGGGUUUGCUGCACAUGAAGAGUGUGAAGGACAUUUUAGCACUCAUUCUGGCUUUUGGAAAUUACAUGAAUGCAGGAAACAGGACCCGGGGACAAGCAGAUGGCUACAGCUUAGAAAUCCUGCCCAAACUCAAGGAUGUCAAAAGUCGGGACACCGGCAUUAAUCUGGUGGACUACGUUGUGAAGUAUUACCUGCGGUACUAUGACCAGGAAGCAGGGACAGAAAAGAGUGUUUUCCCCUUGCCUGAGCCUCAGGAUUUCUUUCUGGCCUCUCAAGUCAAAUUUGAAGACCUCAUCAAAGAUCUGAGAAAACUGAAGCGGCAACUGGAAGCUAGCGAGAAGCAGAUGACGGUGGUGUGCAAGGAGUCCCCGAAAGAGUACCUCCAGCCUUUCAAAGACAAACUAGAAGAGUUCUUCCAGAAAGCUAAAAAGGAGCAUAAAAUGGAAGAAAGUCACUUGGAGAAUGCUCAGAAGAGUUUCGAAACAACUGUAGGUUAUUUUGGGAUGAAGCCCAAGUCGGGGGAGAAGGAGAUCACGCCCAACUACGUGUUUAUGGUGUGGUACGAGUUCUGCAGCGACUUCCAGACGAUUUGGAAACGGGAGAGUAAAAACAUAUCGAAAGAAAGGUUGAAAACGGCUCAGGAAUCAGUCAACAAGUUGACCUCAGAGAAGAAAGUGGAGACAAAGAAAAUCAAUCCCACAGCUAGCCUGAAAGAAAGACUACGUCAGAAGGAAGCCAGUGUGACCACCAACUAAAGCAGAGCUACCUGAAAUGAGGGCAGUGGGCUGUAGUACCCUGCAUGACCCUUUGCAACAAGAGCCCUUGGAAGAUAAUGUCAUUCAGUGUUGGUAAUGCUCGGCUUGUUGAGGCCAUGUCAGGAGAGACCUCCGUGCCUUCGUAGCAAAGUUCCUUGUGAAGUCACAGGAGCAAUGCGAAGCUAUUGAAGGGAACAUCGCAGUAGUGUUUAGUAAUUGUUUCUUACAGAAGUCCAAAAUUCACACUGCCCUGAGACUGGACAAACACCGCGACUUUCCAAACCUCUAAAGAAGUGGCGAUCUCAAGCUCGCUAACAAAAGAAGAGAAGAACUUUCCUGGCAGUUGCUUGGUGAGAUCUGAAGCCUCCGAUUUUUAGGCUUUGCUCUUUUGAUUAUUGGUCUUCAUUCUUAUUUCGUUGCAGCAAAUCCGGAAGCAUCUUUUUCAUUUCCCCCCAAAUUGCAAUUUUACUGAAACUCUUUUUUUAAGGCGUCAACGGAAUUCCCAAACUAGAGACAUAUUUUGUUUAUAUAAUGGGAGGGAAUAAAAUGGAAUUGAGGGAGAACUAGCCAUAAACUUCAUCCUGAAGAUGAGCUAGUCUAAUAUAACCAAAGUCAUAAACCAAUGAGUCUUUAUGUCAGGGCAGUGUGGUUUCCCGGACCAACACAGAUUCUACACUCAACUCCCAGAUAAAAUGGUGAUACAUGAGACCAGAAAGCCACAGGGUCCACGUUCCUGCUGGACAAGAGACCCAGUCAUAGAACCUUUUUACAUUUCAGGCCAUUUGCAAAUGGGUAAUGCUGUGUUCGCGUACAUCUGUGCACGUCUAGUACUGUGACUGUACCGCUGUACCUCUGCUUCCACUCCCAAGAGAGAGUUUCUAGGCAAGAAAGCAAAUGAUGCAUGCAACCUUGGAUCCCAACCUUGGGUAACGGACAUGGGAAGUAGGAGCUGGAUCAUGGGCCUUGGAUAUGGAGAACAUUAAGUUCACAGAACACAUUCAUUACAUCAAAAUGAAAAGAGGUGGUUCCUUUGACAUAGAACUCUGAGUAGAACAUUGUGCAAGGGCAUCUUUUCCCAGCCCUGCAAACCUGUGUAACCACCGCCAGAGAGAAACCAUCACUGACAUUUCCCCCCUUAAAUAAGCACUGCUCUUGGACCCUAUCAUUGUCAGGGGAAAUAAAAAGGCUAAUGGGAGCGAAGUCCAGACUCUCUCCUCCAUUGGUGGGGAGGCAGUCCAGCGAUGAGCAGGAACCUUGAAUGGCUUCCCAACCUGACUGCCCCAUGUGGCCCCAGCAUCGUCCCAGAACUUCAUAAUUUUCCAGUUGGCUGAGUGUCUCCCAGAAUAUACCUUCCCGUCAUCAGCCCCCUCAGGGACCCUGAUAGUAGAUUGAGCUGCCCAGAGCACCAUCAUGCUGAUCUCAGAAAGGAAGAAUGCACAUGCAGGAUUCAAUCCAGUUGCAGAAGUCAUGGUCAUGCAGAUGCCACAUCUUCUGCAGCAGUGGAAAAGACUGGAAUGUGGUGGCAUGGUUGGGGACAGCGGGGGUGGUUAAUCAGCCUUAUUCAAAAUAAUGGGAAGAGGAAGGCAAGACGGGAAAACCGGAAUGAAACUUCUGUGAUCAGAAGGCUUAUGUUGCUUGGAAGCGAGCUCUCCCUACUACUUCCCUGAGGGGGUUCUCGUUUAUUUCCACUUGACUGUGAAGUAAGAUGAGGGGCGCCCUGGCUCCCAAGGAGAGCCCUGCUAUGUCCUGUGGUGUUCCUCCAGGAGGGUCGCACAGAGAAGUGCCUGUUCCGCCCCCAGGCCCUGGAAACCACCUGCGUUUAAUGAUGCCAAUGAAAAGCUAGGUCCUUAGAGGUCCUUGUAGACCGACCUAAAGUGAGAGAAGAGCGGGAGGCUUUCAGUGGAAUCGACAUUGUCCACGUCAGGUCUCGGGAUGCUCACAAGAUAACCGUGGAAGGUGAGGAGGACUGUUUCCUUUGCCACGUGACCCUGCAAGGACCCGCUCUCAGGGAACCGAUGUUGACAGAAGCAUGACUGGGAACGCACGUUGGCUUUCAUCCUAGUUCCGAGAGUAAACAAAUGGCAGAAAAAUGCCUUUUUAAAAGGUUUUCCUUCGUUGGAGAUCCUGAUGGUUUUGUAGCACUGAACACAGCAAAGAAGCGUAGGGCACAGUGGGGUGUCCAUUAUCAGAGGUCUGUGAGGCCCUUCCCAACUGCCCCCGGGUUCUGCACCAUUGGCACAACCUUCGAGGCCAACUUACGUGGGUGCUUAGCAAGGAUUCAUGAGAAUUUGUUCAGGGUGAGCCAUCUCAAACGGGCUGGAGACCUUGCAAACGGUCCCUUGAAGAAGCCCUCGCGCUGUGCCGCAUGCAGUACAGCUGCUGUCUCCACAUUCUUCGUGGACAGGACGUGGUAAGGAGGCCACGUUGGUUACCGCUGCCUGUAACCAGACACGCGCACCUGACUUAAUAGUAAGCCUCUGAUAAACUGUAAGCGGUGCACACCUUGAUCGCUUCCUGCCAGGUCAUGAAAUCCGAAAGCGUAAUUUGUAAGUGGGUCAGAUCCUUGUCGGAGUAGCUGGCAGUGGCCAUCAUGCAUCCGGGUGUUUGUGCAUUAGUGGUAAAGCACACAGAGGUUCGCACACGCUGGGUACAAGCCGUCCUGUGAGGGGUCAGAACGCGGGUUAGAAGGAGGUUGGUGACUCUGUGUUGGAAGAGACAGACAGUUGAUCGUUAACAUAAAAAAGGACCAUGUGGCCAAGGAGCAAUGUGAGUGUGUAUGCUGACCAAGGAAGAUCAUCAUUGAUCAUGGCCCUGUCCCUCCUGCCCAGCAGCUGCCUCUUGAGUUCCCAUCAGUGGUCUCGCUCCACAUAUCUCCUGCAACUUCUUAAGAAUUGGGGGAAAACAAUUUCUAAAACCCAGGAAGUCGAGUGAGUAGAAUAUGGUGCUUUUACAUCUUUAAACGGUGGAGCCUAAAACUGCCAGCACAGUGGAAGAGCUGAAUGUCAGAUAGAGUGCUCAUCUUUAUUAUUAUUAUUAUUAUUAUUAUUAUUAUUAUUAUUAUUAUUAUUAUUAUUCCCGUUAAGCAUAGCCCAAGCUGUGCAUCUGCCAAGUUCCUUCUUUUCCCAUA